AUGGGGAUUCAUAUUCUUCCUCUCUUCUGUUAUCUUUUUGUGGAAACCUUGUCUUACAGUGAAAUCUCCGUGGCAACUGACAUGCUAAGGCAAUUUCAGGCAAUUAGUGAUGUCGAUAAUGGAACUCUAGUCUCUGUGGGAAAAGUGUUUCAGCUUGGCUUCUUCGCUCCUGGAAAUUCCAAUAGAAGGUACUUGGGUAUAUGGUACAACAUCCCAAGUCAAACCGUUGUCUGGGUAGCAAACAGAGAUAACCCACUUGAUGAUUCAUCAGGGGUUCUAAGGAUUGAAAAUGAUGGAAAUUUGGUUCUUCUUGACCAAACAGAAAGAGUAGUUUGGUCAACCAAUACUGUGAAUUUAUCAUCAAAAAAUAUUGUUGCACAACUCUUGGACACAGGAAAUCUUGUUUUGAGAGAUGAGAGGAAUGGAAACAGUGAGAAUUAUGUUUGGCAAAGCUUUGAUCAUCCUUGCCAUGCCAUGCUAGCAGGCAUGAAAUUGGGAUGGGACUUAAGAAUCGGUUUGAAUCGGUACCUUACAUCAUGGAAGAGUGCAGAUGAUCCUUCUCCUGGAGACUUCUCUUAUGGAAUAGAAAUUCAAGGACUAGCACAAAUAGUCCUUCGGAAGGGUAGUGUAAAGAUGUUCCGGUCAGGGCCGUGGAAUGGAGUGGAAUUCAAUGGGAUCACUGUUUCAUCCAACCUUCCCUUCAUUCCCAAGGUCAUCAAUAAUUCAGAAGAGAUGUAUUUUCAAUUUAGUCUCUCCAAUGAAUCCACUCUAACAAUGUCAGAGCUAAGCUACUCUGGGGCACUUCAACGUCUUGUAUGGGACAAUAGUUACCUUAGAUGGCAUGUCAUGAGUUCUCUGCCACGCGAUCAAUGUGAAAGCUAUAGUCAGUGUGGUCCUAAUGCUAUUUGUACAGUUAGUGAUGCUCGCAUUUGCAGCUGUUUGACUGGAUAUAUGCCUAAAUUUCCUCAAGAUUGGGAGAUGCUAAUUUGGGGUGGUGGGUGCAUUCGGAACUCCCCAUUGAAUUGUUCUUCCGGAGAAGGAUUUAUAGAACUUGAAGGUGUUAAAAUGCCCGAUUUGUUGCAGUUUUUGGUGGUGCCCAGUUUGCCCCUUGAGGAAUGUAGAUUGGAGUGUUUAAAGAAUUGCUCUUGCACUGCUUAUGCUAAUUCAGGUGCUACUGGAGGGGGAACUGGUUGCUUGCUCUGGUUUGCGGACCUCAUUGAUAUGAAGAAACUGACACUAUCUGGUAGCCAGAAGCUUUAUAUUCGGGCUGGAGCUUCAGACCUAGUGUCAACAUCAGAUUCCAACAAGAAAAAGAUGGUAGUGGUAGUCCUGACGAUAAGUGCAACAAUUGCAGUGGUGUUUGUCAUUGCCUCUUGUAUCAUUUGGAAGCUGAUCUUACCUCUAUGUACACUACCAGUAUCCAACACUCAAGCAGGGGAUGAGGAAAACCCAGAAUUGCCUAUCAUCAACAUGGACACUAUUGCAGAAGCAACUAAUAAUUUUGCUCAUGCAAACAAGAUUGGAGAGGGAGGGUUUGGACCUGUUUACAAGGGAAUGCUAACAACCGGUCAAGAGAUUGCAGUGAAGAGGCUCUCAGAGAAUUCUUGUCAAGGUCUCAAUGAAUUCAAAAAUGAGGUCAUGUUGAUCUCUAAACUCCAGCAUCGAAAUCUGGUUAGGAUUUUGGGUUGUUGCAGUCAUGGAGCAGAGAGAAUGCUAGUUUAUGAGUACAUGCCUAAUGGAAGCCUGGACUUAUUUAUUUUUGGUGAUACAAAAAACACAAGAAAUAAUCUUCUUGUAUGGAGGAGGCGCUUUCAUAUUAUUGUGGGAAUUGCUCAGAGCAACCCAGAUGAUGCUGAAUCUGCACUGGCUGGAAGAAUUUGGUCGGUGAAUGAGGCGACUUGUAGCUUUGUGUCUUCAAUUGCUGAAGCAAAUGAUGAUAUGAUUGGCAUCAACAGAUGCCAUGCUAAGUCGACACCGAUUAAUCAAAUCAUAGCCGCACCCUAUAAUCUGCAGGAAGAAUUCUCACCCUGGCUUCUUCAGUCCCAGCAAUUUGAAGAACUGGGGUAUGCUAACACCCCAACUCAAAACCUUUCUGAAAUUCUACGUCAUUUCCCAAAUUCUGCUAUGAGCAAUAACUUUGUGCACCAAGUAUAA